AUGUCAACCCAACCAACGCCGAACCAAGUCCAUGCAGCCGAACAAUACAAAACAAGAGGGAAUCAAUAUUUCAGUGCCAGGGAUUAUGACGCUGCAAUAAAAGAGUAUACAGCUGCAAUUGUAGAAGGAGAAGUUGGAAGCGAUGAGGAAGAGAGAAAGCAACAAGUAUCCUUAUAUUUCAUUUAUGUUCAUGCUACCUCGCGAGGUCUUCAAUUGUGCAACCUCUUCUUCAAGAUAGUAUUUAGUAAUCAAAACCCAAACAUUUCCGUUUAUUUUACAAAUAGAGCACUAUGCUAUUUGAAGCUAAAAAAAUACGAUCAUGUAAUAGCAGAUUGCGAAAGGGCAAAUAAGCUUGAUUCAAAUUCUGUGAAAGGACAUUAUCUGCUGGGACAGGCGUUCACAGAAAAGUUACGUACAGAAGAAGCGGUCAACGCACUAGAACAAGCAUAUGAGCUAGCGGUAAAAGCAAAUGUAACCUACUUGGGAGAUAUAAUUCAAGCACUACUCAACGCCCGCAAGAAGAAAUGGGAACUGUCAGAACGAGAGCGAGAAAAGAGAGAAACAGAUUUGUUAAAGUAUCUCAAAGGAUUAAUUAAUACAGAACGGGAGAGACAACUUCAAAAAGUAAUGGCCGUAAAGAACCCUGUUGCAGCUACGUUUUCAAAGUUUGUCAAUAACUCUACUGAAGUUGAGCGGCUUGAUGCGAUCAAUAAAGCACAUGACGAAAAGUUGUCGGCUCUUGAACAAGUCUUUGCACAAGCAGAUGAGAAUAUGGGGCGUCGCGAAGUCCCUGAAUACUUUUUAGAUAAAAUAUCGUUCAACGUAAUACACGAUCCCGUAAUCACACCUUCGGGUAUAACCUACGAACGAGCACACUUGAAAGAACACUUUAGGAAGAUAGGCCACUUUGAUCCCUUAUCACGCAAAGAAUGUACAGAAAGAGACUUGUAUCCAAACUUGGCGCUGAAGGAAGCCAUUGAAGAUUUCUUGAAAAAGAAUGGAUGGGCUGUGGAUUACUAG